AUGGACAUUCGCGGCAAGCAGCCGUCGACCUGGGACGAGUACGAUGGCGUGCAUCGAGGCUCGGUCGACUCCACGGGCAGCACGGGCAGUCGCGUACGCUGGGGAGUGGGAGCAGAUCUCGAGCGCAGAGAGAGUGGACAGAGCACCGCGACAGGUGCAGAACCACGGUACCCAGGUCUGAGAAGACGGGGUUCUUCGAUAUCCCAUGGACUGCACGCUCUGGGCGAUGCUGGCGGCGUCAACAGCAUCAACAACUUCGCCCGUUCGUGGCAGCGCGCCGCAGGCUUCUUCGAAAUCACUCCCGUGCGCCCUUCCUUCCGCAUCGGAAACGACGACGACGGCGACGACCAAGCGGAUUUCCCACGCGCCGGCUUAUCAGCGCCCGACCACCGUUCGCUCUUGCGGCAAGCGCUCGAGACCGACGGAAGACGUUCUUCCGACGAUGCCGUCGCAGACGAGGAGCAGGGCGAGCCAACCGAGGAAUCGCACCUGCUCUCCACUGGUGUGGAGCAGCGCAUAGGUGGACUGAGGAGUCAGAGGUCAGAGAGCAUAUUCCAGAUCGAGCCGUCACUUUCAUCGCCCUUUGGAGGGAGCUAUGGAACAUCAUACGGCAGCCUUUCGGCCCGUAUCAACGAGUCGUCUAUGCGUCACGCCGGUCGCCUAUUCACGGAACAACAGCUUAAGGGCGUCGCCGAGCCCGAGCAGCAACGAGAACCUUUGCUGGUCAAGCAACUUGAAGAGGACGGGCACGUUAUCAAUGUGGUUGUGGGCCAGUCGACCUUGCCGCAGACCAUCUUCAACAGCGUCAAUGUGUUGGUUGGUGUCGGUCUACUAACACUGCCACUAGCAUUAAAGUACUCUGGAUGGAUUGUCGGCAUCGUAUUCCUGACCUUUGCUGCUAUAACGACGCAAUACACUGCCAAGCUACUCGCCAAAUGUCUUGACGUGGACAGCUCACUCAUUACAUUUGCCGAUCUUGCGUAUGUUUCUUUCGGCAACGGCGCACGCAUUGCCGUUAGCAUUCUCUUCUCGCUUGAAUUACUCGCCGCAUGUGUUGCCCUUGUGGUGCUCUUCGCCGACAGUAUGGAUGCGCUCGUGCCUGGAUGGGGACUUUCUGCCUGGAAAAUUGUUUGUGGUGUCAUACUUGUACCACUUGCCUUCCUCCCGUUACGGCUGCUCUCUUUCACAUCUAUCCUGGGCGUCAUGUCUUGUUUUGGAAUCACCAUCGCGGUGUUUGUUGAUGGCCUCAUCAAACCGGAGCAACCUGGCUCCCUUCGUCAACCCGCGACCCAGUAUCUUUUCCCCGAAAACUGGAUGACGAUACCUCUGUCAUUCGGCUUGCUCAUGUCUCCCUGGGGUGGUCAUUCCGUAUUUCCCAACAUCUACCGAGACAUGCGACACCCAUACAAAUACCGCAAUGGAUUGAACAUCACAUACGCUCUCACAUUUCUGAUCGAUCUCGGAAUGGCUUGCGCGGGUAUUCUCAUGUUUGGCGACUAUGUCCGCGACGAGAUUACCAGCAACAUCUUCAUCACUCCGGGUUAUCCGAAAGCUCUCUCUGUCUUCAUCGCAAUUUGCAUCGCGAUUGUUCCCCUGACCAAGGUCCCCUUGAACGCUCGGCCGAUCAUCUCCACCUUGGAAGUGCUACUUGGGCUUGACAACCGCUCGCUGGGCGCUUCCUCAUCACUGACUGGCAUGUCAGGCCUUAACCGCGGCCUCUUCAAAUUUACACUGAGGAUUGUCGUCAUCAUCGUCUUUGUCCUUAUCGCCAUCGUGUUCCCGUCUUUCGACCGCAUCAUGACGCUGCUCGGUAGCGUCGCUUGCUUUUCGAUCUGCAUUAUCCUGCCGCUUGCAUUUCACUUGAAGCUUUUUGGGCAAGAGCUUGGAAGGGGAGAGAAGAUUAUGAAUUGGGCUUUGAUCAUCUUGAGCACGAUUAUGGCUGUUGUUAGUACUGUGUUUGCGUGCAUUCCCAAGGAGUUAAUUGGCGCUGCUCCCAAGGAGAUGAUCAACCCUGCGUAA